AUGACCACAAAUAUUGAUUCAAAUAUAGAUCCAAAUUUAAUUAAUUCAUCAUAUCCAAAUCAAAAUUCAUUAUCCUACUCAAAUCAAAUUUCAUCAACUCCAAUAAAGUUAUUAUCAUCAUCACCUCUGAAAAAUUCAUCAUCAAUUUCAUUAACACAAUAUAAUUCAUCAAAUUCAACAUCAACUACUCCACCUUUAUUAAUUUCAACUCCAAUUUCUUCAAUCACUACUGAAUAUAAUGAUUUACAGUUAUUGGGAUUUAAAAUAACUCAAAUGCUUGUAACAAUGGGUUUAGUAUCUGAUAAAUCUGAAGGUUUAGAGGAUACAGAAUUAGAUUCGGAAUCAGAGUUAGAGUCAGAGUCAGAACUAGAAUCAAAUUCAAAGAGUUUUUCACAAAUUUUAAAUAAUAAACAGAAUUCACUAAAAAUUACUAUAAACUUAGAUAUAUCAAAAUCAAAUAUAACUUAUUCCGUAAAUUUAAAUUUCAAAUACGUAUAUAAACACAACAAAUCAUCAGAAUUACCAAUAAAUCUAUAUAUUACAAAAUCAGAAAUCAUAAAAUAUUUGAUGGAAAAAAUUUUAAAUCAAUCUACAACUACUUCACAAAAUUUUUACUCAAUUGAAUCAAAAAUUAAAAAAUUAUUAAUUUUAAAAAAUAUUAAAUGUUUUAUUAACGGAUUUGAAUUAGAAUUAUAA